GAAUCAUUAUAUAAACCUCCCAAUACCCCCACUUCACCAUCCACGCAGAAAACGAAGCACGGAAAAUUCAGCAAUUAUUCCAUAGUUAGUGCGUUUGAUCGGCAAAAUGGACCCUAGAGGCCUAGCAGUCGACCCUUGGUCCCUGAUGGAUACAAUCCACGACAUCCUAGACUUCUCCGACGAGUCGGCCGGCCAGUCGCACCACCCAUCGCGAGCAUAUGUCCGUGACAACAAAGCCAUGGCUAAUACCCCUGCGGACGUGAAGGAGGAUCCCAACGCUUACAUCUUCGUGGUGGAUAUGCCUGGGUUGAAGUCCGACCAGAUCAAGGUUCAAGUGGAGGACAGCACGCUGGUUGUGAGCGGGGAGAGGAGGAGGGAGAAAGAGAAGGAUCAGAAGGAUGGGGUCAAGUAUAUAAGGAUGGAGAGGAGGGUAGGCAAGUUCUUGAAGAAGUUCGUGCUGCCGGAGAAUGCUGAUAUCGAUAAGAUAUCGGCGGUGAGUCAGGACGGCGUUCUGACUGUCACGGUGGCCAAGAAACCCCCGCCGGAGCCCAAGAAGCCCAAAACCGUGGAGGUGCAAAUUGGCUAACUAGUAUUAGCCAAGAUCAUAUGUAUGUCAAUCGUGUUGCGUUGCUCUGCUUGUUCUGUUGUUGUUGUUGUUGUUGUUGGAUGUUUAAUUUGUCGUGGUCUUUGUUUUAGAUUUUUUAAAAAUGAAAAACAAAAGUAUUGUCACUGACUCUCAGUGGUAUGUACUGAAAUGGUAAGUAGGUGUUAUGUUUGUUUUUGGGCUUGGUUAUGUACAUGUUUAAAUAGAUUAAUGUACUGCUUGUGUUUAUAAAUUA